CCUUCUUCAGUUCUUCUACCUCUUCAUUUCCCAUCUCUCUCUCUCUCUCUGUCUCUCACAUCUGAGUCUGAAUCUGAAUCUCUCCCAACCACACCACUCACCAGUCACCACACGACCCAACAAAGCACAAGCAAACAACCAAAUCUGAGCAACUCAACUCAGAGGAUAGAGGUGGAGAGAUAAAGGGUCCUUAUAAAGUGACUUGCCAAGAAAGAAGUGAUAUUUCUUCCUCUUCCAUUGCCGGAAUCCUCAUGGAAGUUGGCCGGAAAAUGACAAAUAUGCUGGCAGAACGUGAUAAGUACAGCUUGAUUAAUUUUGAAGAGACGGAAUUGCGUCUGGGGCUACCAGGUGGAAGUUGUGGAAACCCCAUGGACGGUGAAGCCACCAACAAAAAUGGUGGAAAGAGAGGGUUCUCGGAAACUGUAGAUUUGCAGCUUAACUUUCCCUCCAAGGAGUCUGUGUUGCAGUCACCUGAGAAGAAGAUCCCAACCAACAAGGACAAGAACCUUCUUCCUUCUUCCAAUGAUCCUGCCAAGCCACCCACCAAGGCACAAGUGGUAGGUUGGCCACCAGUUAAAUCUUCCCGGAGGAACAUCCUAUCUGUUCAGAAGAACAACACUGAGGAAGCUGAGAAGGUUAAUGGCAGCGCAGCGUUUGUGAAGGUUAGCAUGGAUGGAGCACCUUACUUACGUAAGGUAGACUUGAAGAUGUACAAGAGCUACCAAGAGCUCUCUGAUGCCUUAGGAAAGAUGUUCAGUUCCUUCACCAUAGGUAAUUGUGGACCACAAGGAAUGAAGGAUUUCAUGAAUGAGAGUAAGUUGAUGGAUCUAUUAAAUGGUUCUGAGUAUGUGCCAACUUAUGAAGACAAAGAUGGAGACUGGAUGCUCGUUGGAGAUGUUCCUUGGGAGAUGUUUGUAGAUUCAUGUAAGCGCUUGCGUAUAAUGAAGGGAUCAGAGGCGAUUGGACUUGCACCAAGAGCAGUGGAGAAAUGCAAGAACAGAAGCUAAAGAUUGAAAGCAACCACCACACACUCCUCAUUUGAUCUCCAGCUUUCUUUUCCCGGAGAAAUGGAUCGAGCACUUGGUGUAUCUGUAUUCUGUACUGCUGUAGUCUUUUUAAUAUAUAAUGAACAUAAAAUUAUGUGUUAUUUGUUUAUGGACAAAGAAGUAAUAACAUUUGUGUAGUCCAAAACCUGUGGUUAUGUCUAGAGCUAAGCUUGUUUAUUAUUAAUGGCGUGCUUAAUAAUCACAUAUCAUCCUUUCUUGUGUUCUUGUUCU